UGAUGGAGAAUUUCCGCAACGUGCCGGCGUCGCUGUACGGCCUGAACUCCACGCAGAUGAGCAUGCUCAUGACGGAGGACAGCCCUGUAUCGCGGAUAUCCCAAUCCGUUACCGAGGCGAGCAUCUCGUCUGCUGCACACUACCGCAACGGCACGGGCAUGUGGUCGCUGCCGGGCCUAGAGAACUCCGCGGCGCGGCUGAGCAUGAGCGUCAGCAUGUACCGCGGGCUGGGCGGCAACGGUCGCCCCAAGACCGCGCCGCCCGACCUGCCGUCGCUGCUGCUGGACGCGCGCAUCUGCUACCUGGGCAUGCCCAUCGUCCCAGCAGUGACAGAGCUGAUAGUGGCGGAGCUGCUGUGGCUGGACUAUGACAACCCAUCCAAACCCAUCUACUUCUACAUCAACUCCUCCGGCACGCAGAACGACAAGCGCGAGAGCGUGGGGUUCGAAACCGAGGCGUAUGCUAUCGCUGAUACCAUGAAUUACAUCAAGUCCAAGGUCUACACGGUCAACUGCGGGCAGGCGUUUGGGCAGGCAGCCAUGCUGCUGGCCAUAGGAGACAAGGGCCACCGCGCCGUGCAGCCCAACGCCGUCACCAAGCUCUAUGCACCCAGAGCGAGCCAAUCAAGUGGAGCCGCCAUCGACAUGUGGAUCAAGGCCAAGGAGCUUGACGCCAACACGGAUUACUACAUCGAGCUGUUGGCGCGAGGCACGGGCAAGUCACGGGAUGAGCUGUACCGCGAUAUCAUGCGCCCCAAGUACCUGCACGGCCAGGAGGCCAUAGACUAUGGCGUGUGCGAUAAGAUCAUUGAGUCGCGCGGCGUGCAGAUGGAGAAGAAGAACUACGACGAGAUGAUGAUGCAAGCCAAGGCCUCGCGCACGAGGGCUGGCCGUCCGGGGGCUCCCCAGACUGCUGCUCCUGCUGGCGGUGGGGGCGCUCCUCGCUAG